AUGAAAAAUGUCAAGGAUCAAACUGAAACUAAAACCGCCCCAUGCGUGUUGCUAUAUUUACCCACCACCUUCGAUCUCUUUCCACAAAUUCAUUCCCUCCGGUCUUCUUCUGACCCAACGACACCCAACUCCUCCCUUUCCUUCCCCUUCACGGAGCUGCGCUUUGUUGUUGGCAAGGAUCAAUCGAAGGAAACAGAGGACGAAGGAGGUCGACCCGUUGUUCGUUGCAGAGAAGAGGUCGAGGGAAGGAGCAUGACCAAGUACGCGGAGUUCUUCGAUAUGGGGGUGAGAAUAGUGGCCCGGUUCCACUCCCACUGCCCGCAGACCGCUCGCAUGUACUACAAGCCGCCUCCCACCUCCUUCGACGCCGACGAACCGCCGGCACCCGAGGCCGCCAGCCGCCAUAGCCCUCCGCCACCGCCGGCGACUUUCAGCGAAUGGCCGAAGGCCGAGCCGACGCCCCACGGAUUAAUCUUUACUCCGUUCGAGGAUUGA